AAAUUUUAAAAGGCCUCAAGGUCUCGCCAGGUUAAUGCUUAGGUGACCUGUAUUACUCUUCAUAUAUAAAUCAGGCGCUUACUAUAAAAACAAGUAAUAUUAGUGGUUACAAUUAGAAGUUUCUUCUGAUCACAUAUUUGUUCAACUAUCAGGCACAGAGAAUGAGCUGGACAACCUGGAUGCUAUUUCUGAUGCUGUGUGGUGGUCAAAGAACUUCUGCAAGACAGCUAGCAUGUGAGGAUAGCAACACUGUUCUCUCCUGUGGUUCAGGCUACAUAGAAGUUGUCAAGGCUAAUUAUGGACGCACGGACAAAAUAACUUGCAGCGAAGGGCUAUCAAGUUUUCAGCUUUCAUAUGAUCAUUGCUACAAUGAAAGAUCUCUCAAAAUCAUGUCAGACCGAUGUGAUGGACGGUACAGCUGUGUUGUUCUUGCUUCAAACUCUGUCUUCUCUGAUCCCUGCUAUGGAAUUCCCAAAUUCCUGGACGUGACUUACAACUGUGUUUCGAGACGGAGAAUUGUAGUUUGUGAAGAUCAACAGGAUAUGAUAACCUGUGAAAGUGGAGUGAUAUUCAUCCAUCAUGCCAACUACGGGCGGCGGGAUCUCACCAUCUGUCCCCUUGAAGGAGCAAAUUUAUCUAAUUGUUACUCCCCUCAGACAACCAACUUGAGUUUGAGGUGCAAUGGCAAGAGCUAUUGUAAGCUGAGGGCCUCCAAUGAUGUUUUCUCUGAUCCAUGCUAUGGCAUCCACAAAUACUUGGAGGUGACCUAUAGCUGUAAAUAAUAUGAAUAAGGGAGACCCUUCACAAUCAAUGAAGAUCUCUUCAGAACCUUUGAAAAUCUCAUGGAGAUAUGAACCUUUUUGCAACCUGUCAAGUAGCUGAAUAAAGCUAAAAGGCUGUUUAUAUUGACUGAUAACAUGUAUAUGUCUGAUUAUGAACAAUAAUGGUUUUGAAGAAAAUAAAUGAAAAGAUAAUGACAAA